AUGACCCUGCAGGGGACCCCGCUAGAGGCUGUGGAGGAGUGUCUGUGGGGCCUGAGGGACCCCUGGGCCUGCAAUAAGGCCUGGCGGUUCAGCGGAGGCUUUGCUAAACCAAGCCUCAGUGAAGUCUUCUUUCAAGGCUUCAAGUGGGGAUUUGCAGCAUUUGUUGUGGCUUUGGGUGUUGAAUAUGCACUAUUUUCUUGCAGGAAGAAUGGAGGACAUCGCUAG